GCUAGCAAUGAUCACAGUGUACCUCGAUCUACCUUCAACCGCAACUGGGAAUCGUGAACAGUGAAACCAGCAGUCAACAUGCGGAACAUUUAUGCCUUAACUCUGCUGCUUGUUGCAGUAAUUGCAAGCAGCGCCAGCGGCGCCAGUGUGGAAAGGAUAUACGGUCAAGACGUCUCCGCAAACGCAGUGGCAUUCGGCCGGAAUGCGAGGGAUGCCUCCGCCCCAUGCCAAGCGACAACUCCGCCACCCUGUGCAGCAGCGACGACAACGCCGCCACCCGUAGUAACAGAGCCGCCAUGUUCUGGAGAGGAUGAAACCACGACAACCACCACUACAACAACUACCACAACACCCAAGACAACUACAAGCACUACGACAACCACUACAACAACAACCACGACAACUACAACCACUACAACAACAACCACUUGCUCGCCAUCAACCACCACUACAACAACUACCACAACAACCACGACCACUACGACAACCACCACGACAACAACAACUACGACAACAACAACGACGACAACAACAACCACGACAACAACCACUACUACGACAACCACCACUACUACAACCACACCAACAACGACAACUACAACUACUUGCUCGACAACAACAACCACGACGACAACCACUACAACAACAACCACGACUACAACAACCACGACUACAACAACAACGACAACAACGACAACAACCACGACAACGACAACAACCACGACGACAACCACCACUACUACAACCACACCAACAACGACAACUACAACCACUUGCUCGACAACAACAACCACGACGACAACCACUACAACAACAACCACGACUACAACAACCACGACUACAACAACCACGACAACAACAACCACGACAACGACAACAACCACGACGACAACCACCACUACUACAACCACACCAACAACGACAACUACAACUACUUGCUCGACAACAACAACCACGACGACAACCACUACAACUACAACAACCACGACUACAACAACCACGACAACAACAACCACGACAACGACCACGACGACAACCACCACUACUACAACCACACCAACAACGACAACUACAACUACUUGCUCGACAACAACAACCACGACGACAACCACUACAACAACAACCACUACAACAACAACCACGACUACAACAACCACGACUACAACAACCACGACAACAACAACCACGACAACGACAACAACCACGACGACAACCACCACUACUACCACAACACCAACAACGACAACUACAACCACUUGCUCGACAACAACAACCACGACGACAACCACUACAACUACAACAACCACGACUACAACAACCACGACAACAACAACCACGACAACGACCACGACGACAACCACCACUACUACAACCACACCAACAACGACAACUACAACUACUUGCUCGACAACAACAACCACGACGACAACCACUACAACAACAACCACUACAACAACAACCACGACUACAACAACCACGACAACAACAACCACGACAACGACAACAACCACGACGACAACCACCACUACUACCACAACACCAACAACGACAACUACAACCACUUGCUCGACAACAACAACCACGACGACAACCACUACAACUACAACAACCACGACUACAACAACUACGACAACAACAACGACGACAACCACCACUACUACAACCACCACUACUACAACCACCACUACUACAACCACACCAACAACGACAACUACAACUACUUGCUCGACAACAACAACCACGACGACAACCACUACAACAACAACCACGACUACAACAACCACGACUACAACCACCACUACUACAACCACCACUACUACAACCACACCAACAACGACAACUACAACUACUUGCUCGACAACAACAACCACGACGACAACCACUACAACAACAACCACGACUACAACAACCACGACAACAACAACCACGACAACAACCACUACUACAACGACUUGCGCGCCAUCAACCACCACUACAACAACAACCACCUCAACAACAACCAAGACAACAACAACCACUACUACAACCACACCAACAACGACAACUACAACUACUUGCUCGACAACAACAACCACGACGACAACCACGACAACAACAACCACGACAACAACCACUACUACAACGACUUGCGCGCCAUCAACCACCACUACAACAACAACCACCUCAACAACAACCAAGACAACAACAACCACUACUACAACCACACCAACAACGACAACUACAACUACUUGCUCGACAACAACAACCACGACGACAACCACGACAACAACAACCACGACAACAACCACUACUACAACGACUUGCGCGCCAGAACCAGCCACUACACCAGCAACCACUUGCGAGACCACAACUGCUGCAGGCUGUGCGGGUGCCUCUGCCUCUGCCUCAAAGGUCGUCGCAUCGUCCCAAUCCAACCGUAAUCCCAUUCGCCGACCCAACGCCAGACCUCUCUGGGAAGUGGCCGCUUAUCAGCAGUCGGCGGGCACCAAUUCGCUUGACAAAGCACUUCAGGUGUCCUGCGCCGGAAAACCCGAUGGCUUCCUCAUGGCAUCGCCGGCACGCUGCAACGACUAUUACAUCUGCCGUCACCAACGCGCCCUGAAGGUCAGCUGCGGUGACAAAUACUUCAAUGCACUGAAGGGCAUCUGUGAUCUGCCCGAGAACACAAGCUGUGUUCAAUCCUAAGUGAACACCAAACCGAAGACGAAACCGACACUCAAAACGCAACAAUGCGCAAAAUUGGACGACAAACUUUGAAUGGAAAAUUAAUAUAUGUAAAACUGUAUAUUUCUAUAUAAAAACAGCAACUGCUUAUAAAGGGCUUAUGAAUUUAAAUA